GUUUUUUUUUUUUUUUUGGAGCCCUGAAGGAUACAACAGUUUGGUCAAUAUUGUCUUAACAUGCUUCAAAUAAAUCAGUUGCUGUCAAUUCCAUUGGAUGCAUUGAUGGACCUUUGUGAGACAUGACUUACAACCUGUGUAGCCUUUUUAUUUACAGCUUCUCUCCAAGAUAAAAUGGCAAACCCCAAAGAGAAAACUCCAAUGUGUCUGGUAAAUGAGUUAGCCCGUUUCAAUAGAGUCCAACCUCAGUAUAAACUUCUGAAAGAAAGAGGGCCUGCUCAUUCAAAGAUGUUCUCAGUGCAGCUGAGUCUUGGUGAGCAAACAUGGGAGUCCGAAGGAAGCAGUAUAAAGAAGGCCCAACAGGCUGCUGCUAAUAAAGCUUUGGCUGAAUCGACACUUCCCAAACCAGUUCAGAAACCACCCAAAAGCAAUGUUAACAAUAAUCCAGGUAGUAUAACUCCAACUGUGGAACUGAAUGGGCUUGCUAUGAAAAGGGGAGAGCCUGCCAUCUACAGGCCAUUAGAUCCAAAGCCUUUCCCAAAUUAUAGAGCUAAUUACAACUUUCGGGGCAUGUACAACCAGAGGUAUCAUUGUCCGGUGCCCAAGAUCUUUUAUGUUCAGCUGACUGUAGGAAAUAAUGAAUUUUUUGGGGAAGGAAAGACUCGACAAGCUGCUAGACACAAUGCUGCCAUGAAAGCUCUUCAAGCAUUACAAAAUGAACCCAUUCCAGAAAAAUCACCUCAGAAUGGCGAAUCAGGAAAAGAAAUGGAUGAUGACAAAGAUGCAAAUAAAUCUGAGAUCAGUUUAGUGUUUGAAAUUGCUCUGAAGCGAAAUAUGCCUGUCAGUUUUGAGGUUAUUAAAGAAAGUGGACCGCCACAUAUGAAAAGCUUUGUUACUCGAGUGUCAGUGGGAGAGUUUUCUGCGGAAGGAGAGGGAAAUAGCAAAAAACUUUCCAAGAAACGGGCUGCAACCACUGUCUUACAGGAGCUUAAGAAACUUCCACCUCUUCCUUUGGUUGAAAAACCAAAACUGUUUUUUAAAAAACGCCCUAAGACAAUAGUAAAGGCUGGACCAGAGUAUGGUCAAGGAAUGAACCCCAUUAGCCGUCUGGCGCAAAUUCAGCAGGCCAAAAAGGAAAAAGAACCAGAUUAUGUUUUGCUUUCAGAAAGAGGAAUGCCUCGACGUCGGGAGUUUGUGAUGCAGGUCAAGGUAGGCAGUGAAGUUGCUACUGGAACAGGACCCAAUAAAAAAAUAGCCAAAAAAAAUGCUGCAGAAGCAAUGCUGUUACAACUUGGUUAUAAAGCAUCCACUAGUCUUCAGGACCAACUUGACAAGACAGGGGAAAACAAAGGAUGGAGUGGUCCGAAGGCUGGAUUUCCUGAGCCAACAAAUAACACUCCAAAAGGAAUUCUUCAUUUGUCUCCUGAUGUUUAUCAAGAGAUGGAAGCCAGCCGCCACAAAGUAAUCUCUGGCACUACUCUAGGCUAUUUGUCACCCAAAGAUAUGAACCAACCCUCAAGUUCUUUCUUCAGUAUAUCUCCUGCAUCAAAUAGUUCAGCCACAAUUGCCAGGGAACUCCUUAUGAAUGGAACAUCUUCUACAGCUGAAGGAAUAGGUUUAAAAGGAAGUUCUCCUACUCCCCCUUGCUCUCCAGUACAGCCUUCAAAACUGGAAUAUUUAGCAAGGAUUCAAGGCUUUCAGGCAGCUUUAAGUGCCUUGAAACAAUUUUCUGAACAAGGACUGGAUCCAAUGGAAGGAGCAAUGAAUAUUGAAAAAGUUUCUCUUGAAAAACAAGCCCAGCAUCUGGGAGAGAAAGCAGACAAUAACCAGACACACCCGGGUUCCAUCGCUCAGGACUGCAAGAAAUCAAAGUCGGUCAUCUAACAGCUCCCAGAGCCACGGCUGCCACCGCAUCCUUAUAAACCUGUCAGCACGCAUGAGGGUGUCUGUGCUCAAGGAAAUGAAUGACUAAUACCAUUAUUUGAGUCUUAUGUGAAGACAACACUAUUCUAACACAAGAGAUAAUAUACAUAGGACUGUUGACUCAACUGGGGAAAAAUAAAACUGAGCAUUUCCUUUGGAACUUGAGAUCAGAUCAUAACUGAUUUACCCAGAGGCAGCAGAAAUUGGAUCCUGCUACUGGAGCUUAAAAUAACAAUUAAUGAAAUGUGUUAGAAACAGAGGUUUAAAAAAAAUUUAAAUGAUUAAUAGAGAAGUUGGGUUUGGUUCUGUUGUUAUGACUGUUCUGUCGUGGCACUUGUGUUCAGUUAUAUCCUUUCUCUCGUUUUAAAUAAUGCUUGACGAUUCAAAAAUUAACCAAUGAUGUGCUGUGGAAUGUGAUGGUCACUGUCCUCAUAUAGAGUCACACAGUUUCUCUUUUUAUACAACAGGUAUCUGUAAUCUUCAUCUUAUGUUAGUUGCAAUGACUUCAAGGCACACUAGUCAAAGGUGUAUGCAAACAAACAUGGUUUAAAUCAGGUCAGAUAUUUGAUUAAACAUAUGAAAUCAUGUUAGAAACAACUAGUUUCAAUGUACUCCAGAAUUUUUUUUCCCUUUCUUUUAGUUUUUUUUUUUUUCCUUUUCUUUCUUUCUCUCUCUCUUUUUUAAAGCAGUGUGGGUUUUGCGCUCCAUCAUACUACAAACCAGUAAGGAGGCGUCUUGCUUCCACAAACCAUUUAUCUGGAGUCCAUGUUCCCUCGGGGAUCUUGCACCCACCCCCACCCGUGUGUUGUAGUCACUCACUGUUUGCAUCGAGAGUGCUUUCAAUGGCUGCCUCUGGAUGGGGGAGGCAGGCAGUGAUAAUGUUCAUGGUGAGGAAAUGAAAACCUGUUGGAAGAGCUGUAAACGUCUUGCCAGCUUGUAGCCAGCCAUAUUCUGGACCAGCAUGUCGGAAUCCAGCGUGUAACCAAUGCAGUAAAAAUGUGGUUGGUUUCUGUGUGUGAA